AUGAGUGAUGUUAAUUUUCAAAUUAUUAAUUCAGAAAAUGUCGAUAAAAAUAUUUUCAAAUUAUCUGAUGUUGAUAUUCGAAAUCUUAAAUAUUACGCCAAACGACAAAAUAAUUCUCCAUUAAUCAAUAUAGAGAAUGUAGAACAAGAUGAUCAAGGAAAAACAUCGAUCGAUUUUUAUUUAAAUAAAAUAUUCACAAAAGAUUCACUGCCAUUGAAUGAUACCUAUCAAAAUCAUCAUCGAUAUUAUCACUACCACCACCAUCAUCAUCAUAAUCGUCAUUGUCCAUAUACAAAACAUACUCAUGAACAACCGAUAAUGUCGUCAUCCUUAGAUGACCAUAAAAAAUUGUCUCUUGAAAUAGCUACAUGUGGUAUGGAAAAGAAUACAAAAUUACCAGUACCCUAUGAGAACUUUUCUUUAAAUAAUGGCUGUUUUGGUGAUGAUGCUGGAUUUGUAUUGCAACAAGCAACUAAAAAUUUCUUAGGCAUUUCCGAUGGUGCCGGUGGUAAUUUAAUGUAUGGCUAUAAUCCUCGUCUUUUCUCUGAAUCAUUAAUGCGUAAUUGCUCAGAUUUAGCUCAUACAGGAAACUAUUCGACAACUGAGCCUAAACACCUCUUGUGUCAUGCAUUUGAUCGUGUUCAAACUGAAAAUUGUUUCGGUAGUGCAACAGCAUGUGUGAUUGGUAUAGAUUGUGGUACAGGCCGACUAUAUUCAGUGAAUAUUGGUGAUUCAGGUUAUGUCGUUGUACGUCAAGGUUUUGUUGUUUAUCGAUCGCGAUCGCAGGAGAUGAAUGGUGAUUGUCCAAGACAAUUGGAUGUUUAUCCCUGGACUGCAUCAUUGCAAAGACAAGGUCUUAACUAUACACAAAUAUCAAUUUUCGAUGCGAUAUGUGAAUCAUUCGAUUUGGAAUUAGAUGAUAUAAUUAUUUUAUCUACUGAUGGUCUCUUCGAUAAUGUUCCUAAUCAUCUCAUCGAACAAAUUCUGUCUCGAAAUCGUUCUUUGAAACAUGCUGCAAAUCAAUUAGUCACUCGAGCUAUACGAUUUUAUGUUAAACCAGAUGAUAUUCUUGUUAUCAUGGCACGAGUGAUAGCAAUCAAUCACUCUACAUAUGAACAAUGA